CUCGCCUCGCCGCUCUAAUUAUCCUUCUUCACAAGCUCCCGCUCUCACCUCUUCGUCUCAGCUCUCGGCCCCUCGAUCUCAUCUCACUCAGCCCGCCUGUGCUCUGCCAUCCAAUCGUUUCCCUGCGCUAUCACAUGGCGAUCCAUUAAUAUAUAGCCCCGCGCCACCAAGCUCAUCCUCCCGCUCCAAGCUCCGAGAACGCAACAACCCACUGUACCCCGCCGUCUACCACGAGCUCGUAGCCUCGGCUAGCUAGCGCUUGUACGUUCGUGUGCGCGCAAGCACGUACUCCACGCGCGCAGGCUGCAUCCGGCCAGCCACACCAUGUCGGGCACGGGCAGAUGGUCCUCCUCCUCCUCCAGGAAGGGGAGGGGCAGCAGCAGCUUCACGCUGAGGCAGCCGCCGGUGGUGGACAUCGGCUGCAACUGCCGCCGCCCCAAGCUGUUCUCCGUCUUCUCCUCUUCCUCCUCGUCCCUGUUCCGCGGCGGCCGGGGCAAGCCCAAGUCCCCCAACGCCUCCUCCGCCUCCACCACCACCACGGCGUUCACGGCCACCACCAACGCCGGGACGCGCAGCGGCACGACGGCCAACUCCACCACCGACUCCUCCUCGUGGGGCGCCCCCGCGUCGUUCGUCGCCACCAACUCGCUGUACGAGGAACCGGUACCGGCGGUGGCGCCGCUGCAGGAGCGCGAGCACCAGGAUCAGGCGAGGCGGCGGCGGAGGCAGCAGCGCCGGCGCCGCAGCAGCAGGCGGGCGGCCCCGCCCGCGCGCCACGGAGUCGUGGUGGAGGAGGAGGAGGAAGAGGAGGAGGAGCACGGGCGGCGGGUGGCCCGGGAGAGCGUGGCGGUGGCGGUGGACUCGGCGGAGCCGUACGAGGACUUCCGCGAGUCCAUGGUGCAGAUGGUGGUGGAGAAGGAGAUCUACGCGUGGGACGACCUGAACGACCUCCUCCACCAGUUCCUCUCCCUCAACUCGCCGCGCCACCACCCGCUCAUCCUCCACGCCUUCGCCGACCUCUGGACCCGCAACGGCCUCUUCUGCCCGCCGUCUCCCUGCCAGUUCUAGCUAGGCAGGCUGCUCGCCGGCCGGUCCGAGUCCAACACGGCCGGCGCGAGUCCGAUACGGCCGGCGCCACCGCCAUGCACGUACGCUUGCAUGCUGUAUUAACCACGUACUACUCCUAGGCUCCUAGCUAGCUAGUUAGUCUCUGUCAGUCUGUCUUGUCCUACUGGCUACUGUUAUUUCUACCAUUAACGAAAGCACGCACAGCUCACGCGAGGCCGAGACGCUAUUAACCGAGGUCCCGGCCAGCGAUCGAGCUAGCUGCACUGCACCUGCAUCAUGCAUUGUUGAGCUGCUGAUGCUCGUCGCCUUAAUUAACCUGCUGUAAGAGCGCCAUGCCGUAGUCCACCACCUACUGUACGUGUUAAUGAUGCGUGCGUGUGUGGCGCCAACCCCCGGGAGCGCAACGCAAUGAUACGCUGGUGUCGCUCGAGUGUGAUCCUACUGUACGUGUGUACUGACACUUCACUCUGGAGGUUUUUAGCAGUUCCAAA